AGAGGCGACAACAUUAACAUAGAUACCCGCUAAAUGGUAAGGGGUAGAGUAGGCGUGGCGAGUUCGUAGCGAGUUCGUGACGUCAUAUACUCAUGUUUAUUCAUGAGGCCGCAAUACCGGUACCUUGGCACGCUUCCAAAACUAUCUUGAACUGAUCUUGAGCAACAUCAAGCUGCCAUAAUGAACAACUUUGUGUUUGUUGCCCUUUUAGCCGUAUUUGUGUACUUAAUGCUUAUGAAGUCCAGCUUUGAAAUAGAAUCUGGGAUUUUUAUUUACCAGAAGCCGGCGACUGUCUAUAAGGCAAUUUCCAGUAUGGAUAUUAUCGAGAGAUUCCAACCGUAUGUAGUUUCAACAAAAAGGAUUCACAGUGAGAAGUCUGCAGAUGGCAUACUCACAGAAUAUCACACGAUAGAGGAGCAUGUUCCCACUGUCUUCAACUUCACUCUCCCAAUCAUCUUUGAUACCAAAAUGGAAUUUACAGAACCCAACAGUAUUCUCAAUUUCCACUAUUCCGUCUGGUAUGGCACAGUGAUAGGUCAUGUGACAUGGGGUGUGAAGCCGAGAUCGGGGCACCGUGGGCUGGAUCUUAUCUCAGUUACCAUGCACGCAUCUCAUGCCCUUGGGUCACCAAGUCCUUCACAGAAGCAAGUGCCAAGGAAGCCCAGAACACAAUAUUGACUCGCAUGCGCAUCGCCAUGGAGAAAUUAGAAGAUUAGUCUUUAGGUUGAUCAGUUCCAUACACUCUUAGGUCUGGAUUCUACUAAUUCGGUUAUACUCCAACCUGGGUCUAAAUCACAUUUACCAAUUGAAAACUUGGACCUUGGACUAAUGUCCUUUAUUUAAUCCGAUUUUGAACAAAUUGUAUGGUAUGGAUGAGCACAAAGAACACAAAUCUUUGUACUAGCUGUUAUUAUUUUAGCUGUAUUACCUUGAAACCUGGAAUGUUAAAACGAAAAAUUUUACUAUUUUGUCUACAAUAUUCAAAUGGCAUUUGAUAUUUGAAAUAGAUUUAACAGUAGGUUGUGGUGUCAUCAUGUUUUCUAGUUUUUGAUAAUACUAGUAGAAUUAUUUUUUAGGGGUCAAAUUGUUUUUAGAUUAAUGUACAGUCUCAGUGAUCUCAGAAAAUACGAUACAAUUAUUACUGUAUAUACAUAUGUAAUGUCAAUGUAAUACAGUACUAAUUGCCAUCUGAAUGACACAUUGCAAUACCGGUAAUCUUUAAUACCUCCAAAUCAAGCGGUUAUUUUAAUUAAAUGAUUAAACGUUACGAUCAGGAAAUGUACAAUUCUAUGUGCCUUUUUAAGCAAAAAAAUAUUAUUGGAUUAAUAGAUUUAAGGUGCCUAUGAUAGAAGAAAAAUUGUAGAAUUAUCAAUUACAUUUUAUGUAUAUAUCGUAAUAAAUUAACUGAUAUUUGUA